AUGUCGCCUCAAUUCGAACCCCUUCAAAACGACCUUUUACUGAGGGCCGCACGAGGCGAGAAGAUCGAACGCCCUCCAAUAUGGGUUAUGCGGCAAGCCGGGCGCUACCUCCCCGAAUACCAUCAAGUAAAAGGCCAACAUGACUUCUUCGCAUGCUGUCGCUCCCCCGAAAUCGCCUCAACCCUCACCCUCCAGCCCGUCGAGCGCUACUCAGGCCUCAUCGACGCCGCCAUCAUCUUCUCGGACAUCCUCGUCAUCCCCCAAGCAAUGGGCAUGACCGUCGAGAUGAUCGAUAAAAAGGGCCCCAGCUUCCCCUCACCCGUGAAAACCCCCUCCGACCCUCAAUACCAACAGCUCCUCGACAAACAAGUCGACGUCGCCAAGGAGCUCGACUACGUCUACAAAGCCAUCACGCUGACAAGACAGAAGCUGAAGGGCCGCGUGCCGCUGAUUGGCUUCUGCGGCUCACCGUGGACGUUACUGUGCUACAUGGUCGAGGGGGGCGGGAGUAAGAUGUUCAUCCAGUCCAAGACGUGGGUGUAUCGGUACCCGGCGGCAUCGAAGGCGCUGCUGCAGAAGAUAGCAGAGAUCUGUGUUGAGCAUCUGGCGCUGCAGGUUGAGGCGGGGGCGCAGCUGGUGCAAGUAUUCGACUCGUGGGCGGGGGAGUUGUCGCCUGCGUCCUUUGCGGAGUUCUCGCUGCCGUAUCUACGCUAUAUCUCUGCUCAUUUGCCGAAGAGGUUGGCGGAGAUGGGCCAGGAACGCGUGCCCAUGACUGUCUUUGCUAAAGGGGCGUGGUAUGCGCUGGAUGUGCUCUGUGAGUCUGGGUAUGAUGUUGUGAGCUUGGAUUGGUUGCAAGACCCUGCUGAGGCGGUCAAAAUUGCAAAGGGGAGGGUUACGUUGCAGGGCAAUGCGGAUCCCGGGUGCUUGUAUGGUUCUCGCGAGGCGAUUACUGCCGUUGUGGAGAAUAUGGUGAAGGGCUUUUGGGAUGGGAGGCGCCAGGGGUGGAUUGCGAAUCUGGGGCAUGGUGUUACUCCUCUUGUCGACCCGGAGGAUCUGAAGUUUUACUUCCAGGAAAUUCAUCGGUUAACGGCUGCGUGA